AUGAUAUCUUUACUGAAAAAUUACUUUCGGAAAGUAAAUAUUUACGAUUGUGAUCCUCAUCUAACUCCUGAACAACGUGAUCAUGAGAAUCGUUCGAACAUAAUUGCUACUCGAGUCUUUUUGAUUGUUCUUAUAAUUACUCUCAUCAUCUUUAUUUUGGCUUUUCAACUAAGUUACCAAACAACAAUUGUUACAAUAUCUAAUCCAACUCAAGAACAAUUUGAAAAUUUACCUUUCACUGCCUAUUGUCCAUGUUCUCAUAUUUCUAUAUCUUACAAUCAAUUCACUAGUAUUAAUGUGAGAUUUCAUCAAGUUUGUUCAAGUGAUUUUAUUUCUGAUCGAUGGAUUCAAAGUAUUUUUACGGGUUCAAAUACAACAUAUUUUUAUAUAACAGACUUUCGUACUUAUGGAAGCGCAGCAUUUCAAGCACUUGCAAGUUUUUGUCGUCUCUCAAAAACUAAUGCAUUUCAAAGUAUUACUUUAUUCAAUCAGUUGUCACUUAUUAGUCCAGAAAUAUUAACUCAGCCAGUAUUUCAAUCACAAAUUGAUGCAUCGAUUAAACAAUUUCAAUUGACAACACCUAAUGAAUUCAGAGCUCAAUUAAAUUUAGUACAAGAAAUGACAACCCAUAGUAAAUUACAAAGUGCCCUUCAAACCAAUUAUGAUUUGUAUUAUUACGCUCUUAACACCUGGCAGUUCGUCCCAGAGAAAGGUGCUAUAGGAUAUUUUCCUAGUAACGGUAAUUCUUGCUAUUGUACCAGCGAUUUUAAUUGCAAAGCACCAUCGAAAAUAUACGAUAUAUAUGGAGAAGCUACUCAACUUAUUGGCAAUAGCAAUUCAAAGAUUUUAAUGCGUAUUAAUGGAUUUAAAGCUAGUUGUUUACCGGUGAGCGCAAUACUUUUAUCAACACUUGAAUGUUUUUACAAUCAAACAUGUUUGAAUCAACUUAUUUCAUUUUUUUCUACCAAUGAAAAAUUUCUUGCAAUGAAUUUUUCCGAACAAAGUCGUUUUACAAUUAAUUCAACUGUACAAAUGCUUGUUAAUGAACUUAUGAUAGAAGGAUGGAUGACAAAUAUUUCUUAUAAUAAAUAUUUUCAACAAUGUGCACCUAAUUUAUGUACUUAUACAAAAAAUGACAAAUAUAGUUUUACAUUUAUAUUAACAAAAAUUAUUAGUCUACUUGGUGGAUUUACAUUAAUAUUGGGUGUUUCUAUUCAACUUAUAAUAAAAUUUAUAAGACGAUUACCAAGAACUGAACCUAUUACAUUGUGUCAACAGAUUAAAUAUCUCUUUCGAAAAAUAUGGACAAGACUUAAUAUGUUUAAACAUCAUGAAAGCAGUGAACAGCAAAAGAGAUAUCAACGUCAAAGUACACGUUUAUAUAUAUUUAUUCUCAUUAUUACUUUGAGUAUAUUGAGUGUAUAUAUAUUAAUCGAGGAAGGAGUUCAUCGUAUAACUAUUUUAAAACCAACAGAAAAUCAAUAUAAACAUUUUCAAGAGAUCUAUUCUAAUAAAAGUAUAUGUCCUUGCUCUUCUAUCACAAUGACUUACUCAAAUUUUAUUACUAUUCAACCAUAUUAUCAUCAAGUAUGUUCAAGUGACUUCGUUUCUUCACAAUGGAUUCAAUACAGUAUAAGUAAUAUUAAAAACAGCACUUAUUAUUUUGCUGAUUAUGCAAUCAAUUCACAAUCACAAUUUCAACUACUUACAAUGUUAUGUCAACAAGCUCAACAAAUAGUUGAUAAUGGUAUUGAAACAUUUCUUCAAACACAAUAUGUUUCUUCACAAAUCGAUUCUCAAGAUCUAUUUCAAUCGAAAAUAAAUUUAUUGAUAACUGAUUGGCGAUCAACAAUUUUAAAUAGAUAUUUACGUCCUAUUAACAUUAUACGAACAAUAAGUCAAGGAAAUUUACUAAUGAAUUUCGGUUUAAAUAAUCACUUUUCCGUAACAAAUUCAACUUAUACAAAUACAAAAAUAAUUUUAAAUAAGUAUUCGAAUUGUUCUUGUGCACUCUCUUCUCAAUGUAUGCAAGUUAUGGGCAUAUAUAAACAGAUAUCUGCAGCUCGAUUCCAACUAAUACUUCCUAUUCCAAAUUUUUUUAUUGGUUGUUCUCCCGUUGAAUCAUUACUUAAAUCCACUUUGGAAAUUUUUUAUAAUCGAAGUUACAUGGUUGAGAUAGAUAAAUAUUUACUCAAUUCUCUCGGAUCAUCUUUCAAUUUUUCUGCUUUAAAUCCAAAAUUAAGCUUACCAAAUGAAACAGUUGAAAUCAUCGUUAAUCGACUUAUGAUUGAUUCAUGGUCAUCAAAUAUUUCUUUUUCUUCAUAUUAUCAAGCAUGUGAUCCAUUAUCAUGUACAAUUGAAUAUAUUGGUAAAAAUAAUAUAUUAGAUGUGGUUACAUCUAUUAUUGGUAUAUUUGGUGGAUUAUCAGUUGGAUUAAAACUUUUUUUUUAUUCUUAUUCUUCGUUCUAG